AUGUCUAUUACCACCAACAAAAAGGGCAACCGUAUAAUCUACCACUACUGGGACUACUCCUUUGAAUGGACGCCCCAGCACCUGCCCGGCAGCGAACUGAACCCCUGGAUCAGAACCUGCGAUACGCUUGCCGACGAAGCAAACGAAGUCUUAGACAGCCUACCCGCGCCAGCAGACGACCCGUCAAAGCGAGACCGAUACGCCCUGCUACGGGACAACCAUACCAGCGAUCCGAAGCUCGAAGAGCUCUGGAACCAGAUCAACGCUGUACCCGAAUGGGUAGACUGGGACCAGAUUCAGCGCGGGCAGGAUAUCUUCUGGCGGUACCUGGUGCCGGUUACAAAUGCGUUGACAUUCGUAAGCCUCCUAGGCGGAAUGGGCGCAAUCCGCGUCGGCGAAAUUCUCACCCGCACCGGCGGCUUCAGCGCAAAAGUCGUCCGCCGGCGCCUCCUCGAAACAGUACAGCACACAAUCCAAGUAAACAAGAGCGCUGCGUCCCUUCAACCAGGCGGGGAGGGCCAUCUAGCGUCCGUCCGCGUCCGGCUCUUACACUCCGCUGUGCGCCGCAAGAUCAUGGCCCUCGUUGAACAGGACCCAUCGUACUACGACGCAGAGCGCUACGGUAUCCCCAUCAACGACCUCGACUCAUUCGCGACGAUCAAUACAUUCAGCAGCACGGUGAUUUGGCUUGGACUGCCGCGGCAGGGGAUAUAUCUAUCGGCGCAGGAAGAAGAAGAUUACAUUGCGGUUUGGAGGCUGGUGGCGUGGUACAUGGGUGCUCCGACGGCGCCAUUCGAGAACGCGGCGAAGGCAAAGGCUGUGAGUGAGUCGUUGCUAGUGAAUGAGUUUGAGCCAACGGAGACGGGGCGUAUUCUUGCGCGAAAUAUCGCGGUUGGGCUUGAGAAUACGGCGCCGAUCUAUGCGAGCUUGGAGUAUAUGGAUGCGUUGACGAGGCUGCUUAAUGGGGAUCAGUUGGCUGAUGAGCUACGUAUUCCGAGGACGGGGGCGUGGCAUAGGGUGCUGAUGUGGGGGUAUUGCUUUUGGGUGCGGGUGCAGAGUAAGAUGAUACCGGUGAUUCCGGCUGUGGAUAGCUCCUGGCAUGGAACAGAUGGUGCUAAUGAACAUUGGAUAGAACCGCAAGGAGAUGUUCUGGAAACACCUCAUGGACGAGAGAGAAGGGCUUGGGAAAGAAACGGUGUUUGA